AUGAGGGUCGAUCUUCCAGCAGGGUCCGAAGUAGGUGGAUUAAGGUGGAUACAACUCAGUAGAAGACAUCUUCAUGUCAGAUUAAGAACCACUCAUGUCAGUUACGGAUGAACAGAAAUUAUUGGUGUAGGACGAGUCUGGCUUCGACCUCCCUCAUAAGCAAUAUGCAUAGGAGAAUCCGUCUCGCCAGUUUCUUCUCUUGAGGUGUAUUCCCUUUUCGUGAGGAAAUGAUAGUGAAAGUAGAUAGGCCGCGUCUAAUUAUAGGAGAAUCCUCCUCCUCGUCCUCCGUUCUAGAGGGUGCUUUGCGUGAAGAGAUCCGGUUGCUCGGUGACACUCGGGACCGUCUUGUCCGCCAAUGCAGUGCGCUGGAGAGGCGAUAUGUAAGAGCUGUACGCGACUUUCUUACCACCUUUGACGUACAGGAGAGGAACAUAGUACCACUCCCACAGGAGGAUGCUGGAGUUGGUCAAGAGGAGCGGACUGCUGCGGAAGAUAAGGAUACGUUCUCUACCAAAAUAUGUACUACGAAAAAGACAAAAGUCUUGUCUUGGGGAGAGGCAGCUGAAUGGUUUUCUGACAAUCAUGGCCUCAAUCUAGCAUAUGCGGGAACCACUGCUAGUACCACGGGUCGAGACCCUCUACAACAAAACGCGGACGAAAAUGAUUUAUGACUAGUUGUAAACUCUUGUCAAGCAAGAACUAGUUGCUUAUCUUGAUCUUCUGAUACGGUUGUAGCUAGAUGAUAGAAAUAGAUGCAAAUGGAAUACUAGGUUGAGAUACAACGAUUACAGAUCAUAGAACUACAUACAGGAGAUGGAAGAACCUGAACCAUACCCAUGGAGAAUUUAUUAAUAUUGUCCACGCUUGAUGCUGACUCUUCUAACUCAUUUCGACUUUUCGAAUUUUUCCUCCGCUUUCAAAAACCUCUGCCUCACAGUACUGGGAAGCAGCGAGGAUG